CAUGUUGAAAUUUCAGACAUUCUCGUGUGAAAAAAUAAUGUGCACUGUUGGGGUUGCGAUUCGAUGCAAAAAUUGACAAUUUUCAAAGACUGUACAAAGAUAUUUUGUCCGGUCACAGUUAAAAGAUACGCGGCAGUGUUGCUCUAGUGUUUAUGCAAAGAAUCACAGCGUCGCUUUGUUGUUAUCGCUUGGUGGUGCUGCCGCCGCUGCCUGUCUGCCAUUGAGGACGGACGCCUUUGUAGAGAAAUACAUAAUUUUGGCAAUCAAAUACUUGCACGUGGAAUGGAUUACACACCACAACGCCGCAACAUGAGCCAUACUCCAAACAGUGAAGUGAUGCUGGUCCCGGACGCGACUCCCUCGCCAUCGCCGCUGGCCAAACUCGAUGUUGACUUUUCAGGCUCGAAUUAUGAGAUGCACUCGAGCCUUUCUGAUGAGGAGCGUCGUUACUAUCUAAAGGAGUUCCCGAGCGUGGAUACGAUCAACCAGCGAAAGGUGCACUGCACAGUAUGCAAACUGCACAUGGGCACUGCCCCCGGUUCGGAGGCAAGCAUCAAGAUGCACCCCAUUCUGCGCGUAACGCACUGCGUCAAGUGCCACGAAUUUUACAACAGUGGAGAGUUCUCAAAGGGCGAGGACGGUUCGGAGCUGUAUUGUCGGUGGUGCGGUCAGGGCGGUGAGGUCUAUUGUUGUUCGACAUGUCCGUAUGUUUUCUGCAAGUCGUGCAUCGUGAAGAAUCUUUCGCGCGGCGUCAUUGUAGACAUUGAACAGAAUGAGAACUGGAACUGCUUUAGCUGCACCCCCAAGAUCCUAUGGCCCCUGCGGGCCCAGCACUGGGCCCUAGUCAACUACAUCCAAACGCAGAAGCGAGGCCUGCAGAGCCUGCAAUUGCCCGAAAAGGAGGCGCGUCGCCAGAUGAUGCAGGACAACAGUGUGUGCUGCCGUCUGGCCAAGGCUAAGUCCAACAGCCUCUCCGAUUCCGCUGAGAGCCUUGAAUCAACCACUUCGAAGCGCAGCCACAACAGUUCUGUGAGCUCUGCGAAGAAGGGCUCUUCGGCAAAGCUGCAAGGUCCGCCCACCAAGCGUCCCAAGGCGUCAAACGACGAAGUCGUCUGUACGCCCGAUUUGCUGAGCAUGCUGGAGCCCGACUGUCAGAUUUCCAUGCCCCAAAAGCCGGCAGCGCGUCUCCCGGUCUCACCGGCUAACAUAACAAAAACGCCAAGGAUUGUCACCGUGCAACAAAACUAUACCGGACCCAGUCCCAGUCCCAGCAGCAAUGGUAAAAGUCCACCCCGACUCAGCUUGCCUCCCCCUUUGGUACUGAGUGGCUCGGGAGUUCGGUAUCGCCAAAGUUCACCGGCCAGUGUUGUGCGUCGCACCGUGGUGCCCAAUAGCGUUAGGAACACUGGGCCCGUCUUCCACACUAUCAACGGGUUCCGCGUGGAUCUGAACAGCGCCGCGCAGCAGGACUCGUACCGCCUUCCCAAUGGACGGCUCAUCCAGGUCAAGCGCCAGAUGCCACUUAGCAGUCAGCCUGCAACCGCUUUGACACCGCCCACUCCGAUGUCUGUGGGUCCACUGGGUCAGGUCAUAAUUCGACCCCGUUCUCUCGCAGCCGCUCCGCCAACCAUUCGCCAAGUGCACAGCAGCAGCGCCAACAGCAGCCCAGGCGGCACUCUACCAUCCGUGGUCUCCAACAUGGGCAACAAUAUGGGGAUCUACAAUCCGCAGAUUAAUCAACAGCAGCGAGCUCCUCAAGGUGUGCGCGUUGGAAAUGUUAGCCAGACAAGUGCCAGUGGCAGUGCAAAUGCCAGUGCCAGUGGCGGACCUUUACCGACGGUGGGGAACGGUAAUGGAGGAGAAGGGACUCUGAUAUACGCGGUGCAACCGAACAAGGCACCUGCAUUGAUGCGCCACGUGUUCCCUAAUAGCUCCAUUGGACAGGCGCGUGCCCAGCUGCAGGAGCAGAUAUUCAAUGCCAUGGACAUUUGCACUCAUCUCACCGGAAAAGUCAUCUCUCUGACCCAUUCGAAUGCAUACAAUCAGGCGCGCAGCUUUAUGGAUCUUAAGGAGCUGUACAUUCAUAUGUCCUACCUAAUGACCUAUGCUAUCGGACGCUUCAAGCAUCUGCAGGAUAAGUGUCUGGUCGAUAUGCGCGACAUGGGCUUCAAGAACGAUGCCAACAGUCUGGAGAACGGCCAGUUGGCUGCUGCCGUCGACUAUGUCUGCUUUGGCCAAAUUGACGACGUGGAUCUCUUCAACACAGGCUGCAACAGCUUCCACAAUCAAGUGUACGAAUACCGCAAGAGUCUGCACGCGAAUCUCAAGGAGGGAGAAGACUGCGAGCCCCUGCCAGCUCUGAUGCCCCUGGGAGUGCGAGCCGAGGGCGAUCCCAUUGACGAGGAAGACCCAGAAAAUGAGAACGAGAAUGCCAGUGCAUUCGAGGCGGUGCCCAGCAAGAACAAUGACAACGAUGUCGAUAGCUGCGAUUAUGACGAGCCCGAUGAUUUGGAUGACGAUUUGGACGAUGAUAAUGAUGACCUGGACAGCGAGGACCUCGGCGAACUGGGCACCGAGGAGAGCAUGAAUCGCAACGAACAGGCCCACGCCUACGACCGUAAGCUGACGCGACUGCUGCGCGAGUAUCCCUCGAUCUGGUGCACCCAUCACCCGGACUACGGCAAAAUGGAGGUCACGCGUAAGCAGUGGCGUGUCAUAGCCAGCCACUUUCCGCGCGGCGACGAUAUCAAGCUUCGCUGGAAGAACGUGCGCAAGCGCUAUGUGCGCAUCGAGCGCCGCAACCGUCUGGGGAAGCGCUUCAAGGGAUAUUUUGACAAGGCAACCAACUAUCUGGCCAACAGAGAUCUGCCGCGCAGCCAGUGGCUGGAGGUGGACUGUGGCGAGGACGAUGGGGAUGGCUUCGAGCGAAAGCAACUGGACGUCAUUGAAAACACCAUGGACAAGGAUCACGGAACAAGGCAAACGAGGCAAACGAAGGAGACGCAGGAGAUGCGGAAGCCGGUGAAGGCGAGACAAGUGCCCGUCCGCGACAUUGACAUGCGCAUCAUCAACUUUGCCAAGAGCCAUCCCGUUCUGUGGCGCAAGUCGGUCGAUCCCGAGUUCAAUAGCAUUGACGAGCAGACACGGAAGUCGCUGUGGCUAAAUUUUUGUAAAUCGGCAACCAACUAUCCGUGCGAUUACCUGGUGGGCCGCUGGCAACAAAUGUUCGAAAUGUUCAAGACCUUCCGCCUGAGGACCAUCAAGGACGAAAGAGUCCAUGUCAACCUGCAGCUAAAGUAUUCGAAAUAUUUGGCCAGCUUGUUCUUUCUCCAUAAAAUCGAUGAGCAGGACUUGCGCGAUGAGUUUGAGCCGCAGCAGGAUUGUGUACAGAACGAGAACAAGUCCGGCAGCAAGUUGAAGCAAAUGGCCGAUGACAAUCAGUUUGCCCAGCAGCUGGUGCUGGCCAUGCGCGCCUACCCCACUCUGUGGAAUCCGCGUCAUGCUGACUACAAUGAUGUGGUUGCCCGCGAGCGCCUUUGGCCCGAGGUUGCCCGGCGUCUUCCACGCUUCAAGCGAGACGCCCAGACAUGCAAGCAGCGCUGGCAGAUGGCCAAAUUCGCUUAUGAGUGCUAUUGCCGCGAGCUGAAUCGACAGCCACAGCCCAAUGAAACGACUCUGAAAAAGCUGCGCUUGAACUUUCCCUUGGAGGAGAUGCGCUUCCUCAAUAUUUAAUUACCAUUUCAUUCCAGUCAAUGCCAAUCUAAACAUAGUUUAUGUAUAACCAUACGAAUAAGAUCGAAUAAAGAAAUUUCCAACCUCUG